GCUGACACUGCAGACUGGGGACACAGUUUGCAUCGGAAGAGUUUUGCAGAAUGAAGCUGACACUGCUGCUGGUUCUGUGCUGUUGCCUCGUUGGCCUGGUCUUUGGCAAUGCCAUGACCAUGGCCACCAAGCCACCAUUUUUGCGUAGCCGUUACAGUCUGCGCUGGCGGAAAACGACACCAGCUGCCACAGAGGCAGCCACUGGACAGCCCAUGGAGCUGGCCAACUCCACGGAGCAACCCAAAAUGCGAUCUUCAACGGCCAAUGCGGACUAUGAUUACUAUGGCAAUGGCGAGGCAGAAAAUGUGGUGCAUAAGUAAUCAAACCGCCACAGUUAAUUAUAUUGGAUUUUGAAUUCUAAUUAAUCAGCGCACUCAACAGAACUGUCAACUCAAGGGAGAAAAAGCUGUUUAUUUAACAUAUUGAAAGCUAUCAAUCAAAUGAUAUAACAAAUAACUAAUAAAAAUAAAGUCACAAAUUUGAAUUUGAAUUUUAAUUAAAACUAUCGUUUUUCGAACUGCCCAACGCGCUUGUAUAAAGCAAGUUGGCAUUCCAGUCAACAGCUGUUCAUCUCACUCUUAAGCGCAAAAAUUAGUGGGAGAGAGUUUUGAGUGUUCUCUUUCGACUGGGUCAUGGCAAGUAUUUAAUGAAAAAGAGACGGUAAAUUCUGGUAUAUUUCUGAGGACCAGCUGGUUUGCACGCAAACCGGUUUUGGAAUACAAAAUGU